AUGGCCGUCUACCAUGCCAUGGAAACCGAGCGUCCGCCAAAGUCGACGACGCGCAAGAUUCUGACGUCGUUGACCUUUUGGAUCAUCCUCGGCACGAUCAUCGGCGUCCUCAUCGGCGAGUUUGCACCGGAUUUUGGCAAGGACGCAGCGCCCAUGGCCCAGAUCUUCUUGC